CCAUGCGCCAUCAACUGCAGGGCUAUUAUCGUCCGCCAGACUGAGUGCUGAUGCGUACCGGUCGUGGACAUCGCGACUAUAGGGACAUUUCACUUCUGCCCCAAGUCUACGCCCUCCUCAGUCGGUCACUGAAUGCUCGAGACUAUGGAAAUCCCUUCAUCUCGUGGAGCAAUGCCUUGCGGCAGCCCGACAAACUGCUUCGUGAAGCGGACAAGCUUCAAAGGAUCCACGAAAGUACCAAAGGCUUCCAAAAUUUCUAUAGGCUCAAGUCGCCAAACCAUGGGUACACGGUAGUGAUCAAGGACAACAUUGUGACGACACAACUGCCGACAACAUGUGCAUCAAAGAUCCUGACAGGUUUCCUCCCCUCACAAAACUCGACGGUUGCGGAAUUGUUGGAAAGAGCUGGACAGAUGGUGCUUGCAAAGACCAACAUGGAUGAAUUUGGUAUGGGCUCUCAUUCAACGAACUCCGCGUAUGGCGAGGUGUUCAAUGGCGUAAAGGAAGGCCCAGCCGGUAGAAAAGCACUCUCUGUGGGUGGAAGUUCUGGCGGCAGUGCUCUGGCCGUGGCUUCGGGCCUUGCCCACGUCGGAAUUGGGACUGAUACAGGAGGCUCGAUACGACUUCCCGCAGCUUACAUGAGCCUGGUCGGAUUCAAACCGUCAUACGGCCAGAUAUCACGCAAAGGAGUGGUUCCGUAUGCGAAUUCUUUGGAUACUGUGGGCAUCAUCGCAAAGACUGUACAUGAUAUCUGGCUAACAUAUGAAAUCCUCCAAAAACCAGACGACAAUGAUCCAACCUGCCUGACAUUCUCAUCUCGUGAGCGAAUCAAGGUGGCGAUGCUCCGCCGAAAGACUGCGGUACUCGACUCGAAAUGGCUUCUGGUUCCAUCCAACAAGUCUCCCGAGAAGGACCAGGUAUUUGUCCCACGUGAAAUACGCCAGAAACUUCAGACCAGAUUCCUCUCUCAACGGAAGUGGACACGACGCAUUGGCGUACCCCUAGAAUACAACAUUGAGGAAAUGCAUCCUUUGGUGCGCUGGGCUUGGACGGCUACAUUGAGUCACCUCGAGGACCUCGGCUGUGAGAUAGUCCCGAUAUCACUUCCAUCAACCAAGCAUGCGUUGUCGUCCUAUUACAUUCUCGCUCCAGCUGAAGCGUCGUCGAAUCUCGCCAAGUAUGAUGGCGUCCGCUAUGGAGCCCGACGAGAUGAUGUAGCUGACGAUGCCGGUGGCACUCUGUAUUCCCGAUUGCGAGCCACGCAUCUCGGCCCCGAAGUGAAGAGAAGAAUAUUGCUGGGGACUUACAGCUUGAGUGCUGGGGCCAUGGACAACUACUUCAUCCAGGCACAAAAGAUUCGGCGGAUGGUACAACGAGACUUCGAUAGUGUUUUCAGGAUGCCAAAUCCAUUGCGGCAGGAUGCUGAAGUCAACAUGCAUGGCGUCGACUUCAUUGUCGUUCCUACUGCGCCGAGUCCUCCGCCACGACUUCGACAUGUCAAAACUGCCACUCCCUUAGAGUCUUAUGUGAACGAUGUCUUCACAGUACCAGCAAGUCUAGCCGGGCUACCUGCGAUAUCAGUCCCCGGACCACGCCAUCCUGAUCAUCCGUGGCAACCAGAGGUGGCUGUUGGCAUGCAGGUCAUUGGUCAAUAUGGUGACGAUUACUCUGUCCUCUACCUAGCCGCCAACUUUUUGACGGACUUUCACGACCCCAACACCCUGAGCCGAACACAGCAGACUAAAGUCAUUUGAGAGAGCAUUGUGUCUAAACUGUCCUCCACCAAAAUGAACAUCAACUGUAUGAUCAGUUUCUGACUAGUUGCGCUUGUGAGCCUCUGGAGCAUUCUUCGACGUAGUCGGAAUCCCAGGCCGCCGGUCGGAGAAAUGAUUACGGCCAGGUCUUUGGCAUCGUGCUGGUAUGACAGAAACUGGGGCCCAAAAGAACCAAUUCCUCAUCGGCUUGGAUUUACUGCCAUCUCACUGACUCUCAAGUCAGCCGAGUCACGCACCAGCAACAGGUCAACAUGCAGGGUGUCACUGUGUAAUUUAUUCCACACUCCCUGUCAUUGGGGGUAUUCUACUUGUGGUGAUACUGUUUCUAGAGGUCCAGUUAUGGCUCAAUCGUCGGAUCAGAAACAGAAUGCCAUGACGAUAUUCCGCCUCGAGCAAAUGACGGGAUUGACCUGGCGAGCAAGCUUAUUCAGACCGAAAAAUGCACCACUGACCGGCCGGUGCUGCAGAGUUCCGGAAAUGUGCGACCAUCUUGAGCUUCGUCAUGGCGAAGUGUCGUUUAGGAUUGUCGACUUCAAUAUCUCAAUUCUCCGCCAAGGACCUGCGAGCCCCAACCGCUCCGUUCGUCUCCUCGAUGUUGAAGAAGUUUUGGGCGGCUAUCAAUCGGAGAUUUCGAAUUGUGGCUCAACAAACCUGCCGGGGCGAGGCACUGAAGAAUUGUCACUCCAGCAACGCGGACGUCUGCAGAUAGGGAGUGCGAGGCGCAUAGCAUUGUAAAUGCUUGUGGACAAGGCGGUGAAACGGAGGAAAUAGUGCAGGCAGGAGCGCAUCAAUGCAUGAGGUACGCGCUCUGUAUUGUCCUACAGACGGCAGUCGCUCUCGGUGAUAUCGUUAACCACUCACCGGUAUCAAUUAAGUUACGUCGUGAUGCUUUUCACCCAGAUAACUGGGCAUGCAAAAUUGAUGAUCGAUCCAACGUGAUUGAACGACUCUAGUUGAGCCUCGG